CGCUCCGCAACGCUACUUUAUCGAAGAUAUUUCCGUUGUAUCUGCUGAGCAGCAUCACAUCACAAUCAUGGCUUCGAUCAUCCGCCCUUCAGCGCCAGCGCUGCGACAGACCUGCUUCACAUUCUCCGGUCCCACACGACGGGCAGCGUUUUACUCCACAAAGUCACCUCUCGCGGCCCUAACGACCGUCAAGCCAGUGCAGGUCCAGAAGAAGGAUGGCUCGAUGAAGAUUGCCCAGUUCCAUGCUUCUAGCAAGAGAGAAAUUUUACCUCCGGAGCCACAGGUCAUCAAAGGAACCGUCAACGAUGCUGCGCCAAUUCCCCCUACAUCCCCCACCCACGGCAGCUACCACUGGGAUUUCGAACGAAUCAUUGCUAUCUCUCUUAUCCCCUUGACCAUCACCCCAUUCGCUGCUGGAUCUCUCAAUCCAGUCACCGACGCCAUCCUUUGCGGUGCUUUGGUACUUCAUUCUCAUAUCGGUUUCCAGGCUUUGAUUGUCGACUACCUUCCACAGCGCCGUGUGCCCAAGACAAAGGCCUUCUGCACUUGGGCCCUUCGCGCCGCCACAUUGACUGUGGCCGUUGGUUUGUAUGAGUUCGAGACGAAUGAUGUCGGUGUGACCGAAGCUAUCAAGAGAAUCUGGAAGGCAUGAUUUUGAAAACUGUACAUACAUAGGCAUUUCCUUUUCCUGUUUAUAUUACAUCUGUCGUCGUUAAGUUCAGGCAUUUCGUUUGGUUAGGCUCCUCCGGCUUUAGGGCACAUGUCUACGACGCGAUAUGAUUGCCCACAUCCGGGUAUCUUACGCCUGGCUGCUCUCUACCCAAUGUCGACUCGGGCUCCUUAGACGGAGAGCUCGACUCAAGCAAAAGAAGGAUUGAAAAUAUGUAUAC